UGUCUGUGUGGUACUGCAUGAAAGAAGAGCUGCAACAAAUUAGUAAAAAUAACAGUGCCAAGUGCCGUUGGAUUGCAAAUUGUUUUCGCGCAAAGUGGCAAAUUGCCUUUGAGCCGUGUUUAAACAUUUCCGCUGCAGCUUAAUAGUUUUUAAUUGCCUUGCAGCGGUCGCUGCCCCGGCGCUGUGCUUGUGUGUGUGUGCCAGUGUGUGAAUAAGGAAGAGAAGGAGGAUAAGGAUGCAAGAGGGACGGGGCAAGAGAAAGAAUAUGCAACAACUGUGCGAACUCGGUUAUCUGUGGCAUUUAUUAUUUUGUGUGCUGUAUUUUUCAGCUAUUUCAAAAUCUGAUGUGUACACACACAUUACUGCCCAGAAACAGAGAAACGGGGCGAAAAGAAAACUACGAAAGUGGUUGCUCUGCCAUGUAGGUGUUGCGCGCUGCGUGACUGUGUGCGUGUGUGUGAGUCGAGUCGAGACGAGUGUGAGAGGAAUGCUGGCCGCCAGUGUAUGUGUGCAGUGUUGUAUAGUGCAUAAAUUAUGGAAUUCAGUUUUGGUUUUUUUAUUCAGCAUAUCUUUGAGUUCGAGUUUAGGUUUCGGAUUUUUCCCUUAAUCGAUCUGCUCUCUCUAUCUCGCCCAAAAGGUUGUGCAUCCCCAGAGAUGCACAAAGAGAGAGCGAGAGCGAGCGCAAGCUAGAGGGAAAGAAAUAAACAGACGCCGCCACGCACACACACCGAUGCAGCGGUAAAACUUGUUUUCUCCCUCUCUCUCUGUGCAAAAAGAGCAAAAGCCGCUAUUCGGCAGCCGCCGCCGCUACUCGCUCUCUUUCCCUUUCUCGCGCUUGCUCGCUACUCGCCACCGCCGCCACUUCAACUGCAAACACACAUACAGAUCUAUAUGUAGCGACGACGAUAUAGCUGUUUCAAAGCUAGGCGAGCAAAAUUUCCAUUGUGUGUGGCGGCCAGCGUUCGCAGUCGGUUCGAAAAUUUCUGACUCGUCAUUCGCGCUGUGUGUGCUGCGCGAAAAAAAUAAUAAAUAAUAAAAGCCUGACAACAACAACCAACAACAUGAAUAAUUCAACAGUAUGUGUGUUUCAUUGCCAAAGCAACGUUUACGUUUAAAGUUAGACGAGAGAUCAAAAAUAAAUAAAUACAAAAAUCCUAAAAUAAAUAAAUAAAUAAAUACCAAUUCAAUCAAAGCAAAUCAAAACCAAACACCAAUAGUAAAUUACAAACAAAUUCAACAACAAAAUCAUAAAGCAAAGAAAGAGAAGGUGGUGAAGGAGGAGGAGAAAGAGGAAGAAGCACAGUUUGUGUAUCCGUGUGUGUCUUUCUCUCUCUCGCUGUCGCGUGCGUGCGUUCGUGUUUGUGUGCAUGUGUGUAAGCAGCCGAAUCAAUAAAACGGAAAUAAAAUAAAUAAGAAAAUCAACAGCAAAUGUGCAAAAUACUAGAGAAUAUCAAAAAUCCAUAACAACAGCAGCAACAAUACAGAAAUAAAACAAAUAAUAAUAAUAGUUGAGAAAAUGAGGAGCUGCUGCUGUGCGAAGAAAACAAGCCAAGAACUAUGACGCAUCAAAAUCAUCAGACAAACGGCGCAAGUUUGGAGGAUUGCCACACAAACUUUUAUGCCUUGACUGAUUUAUGUGGAAUAAAGUGGCGAAAGUUCGUUAACGAGGAGCGGCCAAACGCGUCUAGUGAUCCAUUGGCGGACCCGAUCCUGCGAUCCUACUCGCGAUGCAUCCAGGCGGACAUGCUCUGCGUGUGGCGUCGGGUGCAGUCCACCAAGACGGACAACGCCGACCAGAAUGCCUUAACCUUCGAGAUCACCACCUCGACCAAGGUCCACCCACCCCUUUCGCUGGCCGCCGCCAAGGAGCUAUGGAUCUUCUGGUACGGCGAGGAGCCCGAUCUUAAUGAGCUCGUCGAUGCUGAACUGCUACGCGUUGCGGCUAACCAAUUGCUUUGGAAUGGCACCUGGAAGGGAGCUCUCACCUACGAGUGCCGAUCACUGCUGUUCAAGGCGCUUCAUAAUCUUAUGGAGAGGUUCGUCCUCACCAAGGAUAUCGUGCGCUUUGGAAAAUGGUUCGUGCAGCCUUGCACCUCUAGCGAUCGACUUUUUGGACGCAGCUCCCAGCACUUGUCCUUCUCCUUCACGUUCUUCGUGCACGGGGACACGGUUUGUGCCUCGAUAGAUCUGCGCGAGCAUCCCGCUGUGCGUCCGUUGACCAAGGAACACUUGGCUGAGGCGGCCGCCGCCUUUGCAGCGACCAGUUCACCGUCGGGAUCAGCGGGAGCAUCGGCGGCAACGACGGGUGGUGGAGCAGCAGUGCCUAGUCCGGGCCAGGAGCCAAAUGGCAACGGCUCGGAGCCACUGGAGGUCGGCGAGGGAGGAGCUGCCAAGGCUGCGACACCAGCGCAUGCGCGCAAGGUGAUGCUGGCCCCGUUUGGCAUCGCGGCGAUACUCACCGGCAAUAGCUACAAGGCCAGCGAUCCCAUGGCCGAGAAGAUCCUCGAGGACUGGGCCUCUUUUUUCCCGCUGUGCAAUAAGGACAACACGGACGUGCCCCCCGUUGUGGAGGUAGUGUCGGGUGGUCAUAAGAUGUAUCAUCCCACGAACUACGUACUAGUCACAGACCUGGACGACAUGGAGCACAUGGAGUUCGCUGAGAUGCAGAAGAUGCAAAGCACCGUGGGCAAUGGAGGAGCGGCGGAGGCCACCGUUCUGGCCCCGCAGUCCUGCCCACCGGGCGCAGCUGGUGUCGCUGCUCCGCCUUCUCUAAAUGUUCCCUCGGGCCCUACUUCUCUCAACGUCCCGGGAGGAGUUGCAAAUUCCGCCUCGGCCAAGGAUGUAUCUCGUAAGGCAGCUCCACAAGCGGUCAGCGCUCUGGAGCGCCUCGCCUUCCAGCCCUACUACGAUCAACGGCCCACUUCGGGCUUCACCUUCAACACCAACAAUACUCAUAUCCCCGCCUCGGCUGCCGUGGAAAUGCCAGAGCGAGCGUGGCAGGAUUGCGUUAUGAACACGCUUCACGUGGAUGCAGCGGCAUCGGCGGCAGCCGCGUCCUCAACACCUUCCGCCGGAACUGGAACAGGGACGGCUGCAGCUAACGAUGAGGAUGAGCAGAAUAAACCGCCGCAGCAGGAUUCCAAACACCUGGUGCAGCAGCAGAUUCAGCAGCAGCAGCAGCAACAACAACAACAGCAGCGUCAGAAGCUCUGGAACUUUGUGGAUCCCAUGCAAAAGGCGCCCUGCAUAUGCACCAACGCCCAAUGCAGCAGCAGUAACAUCUGUGGUAGCAGCAACAUUAGCAACAGCAGCAACAAGCGACUGCAGCAACCGCUGGGAUCGCCAGCAUUGCGAGCAGCAGUCACCGGCGGCAUUAGUGGUAAUAAGUCGUCGUCGUCGUCGUCGUCGUCAUCAUCGUCAUCCUCCACGUACCAGCAACAUUACUACCAGCAACAUCUGCAGCAACAGCAACAGCGACCGGGAACACCUGUGCCGGCAACAUCGCAUCAUUCCAGUUCCCUGAGCAACAUCAUCACUACUUCCUCCGCCUUGAAUUCUUCCGCGACCGCUUCUCUCCUCCAUCGGCGUCACAAUGUGCCGUUCCACAAGCGAUUUCUCCAUUCGCUGGCGUCCACCGCCUCCACGGCCACCUUUAGACCCAAAAAUCACAGCAACAACAAUAACAACACCACCACAACAACAACAACAACAGACACCAAUAUACCAAAACAAAGACAUCUCGGGAAUACGCCACAUGGAACGCCACACGGCGGCGCAUCGACGUACUCUCGGAACUCGUUGGGCGGCGACUCCUCGAUGCCGGUGGCCUCUGUGGAAUCCCCCGCCACGCCGGCUCCCUCUCCGCAUCCGAAUUCGGCGCAUUCGCAGCCGACGUCAGUGCCGCCCGCAGAGCAACUGCUCAACAUGAGUCCACAUGCGCCCACUUCCGUUUCGAAUCUGCAGCAGCCGCCGACCCCCAUCGACCACCUGCUGGACAAGAAUACGCCGGCGCCGACGCCUACGGACCAGCACGAUAACAAGAGCAUCACGGCCUCGCCCUAUGUCCAUCAGACGCCCAGCGUGGAGCCGCCGUCCUACACGGAUCAUGCUGGCUCAGCCGGCGGAGCAGCCGGUGGCAAUGGGCCUUCGCUUGGCGGCACUGGUCCGGGCAGUGUACCUGCACAGCAGCCGGCAACUCCAACAGCCACGGCAACGUCUGCCGUUGGCGGAGCAGCGGCGACCACAAGCGGCGGAGCCAGCACAGUGGGCACCAUAAGCGUGAAAAAGCUGGAGAUGCAGCAGCAGCAGCAGAUGCCAACGGCAGCUACGAUGACCAUUAAGCAGGAGCCAGGGAUCGGGAGCCUAGGGAGGUUGCCAGCCAGUACUGUUACCUCUACCACGGAGGCCUUGAACAACCUGCGCAGCCUGUACAAUCCGCCAAAGCUGACGCUGAAGGAUCCGGACAGCUUCUACGACGAGGAGUGGCUCAAGGAGGUCGUCUACGAUUUUCAGUACCAGGAGAACUGGGAUAACCUUCCAGUGAAGCGUCCCAAAUUGGACGAGGUCUCCAAGCAGCGAAGGCCGCGCUAUUCCAAGAACCUCUACGAGGGACACACGCAUGUGAAGCCACUAAUGCCAUCGCCUGGCUCUGUCUAUGGCAACCAGCUGCUCUCCUUGGAGGUUCAAGCCGCGGCCUCAGCUGCGUCGGCCGGAAGCUCCAAUGGCGGCUUGGUUGGAAUCGCCAACAGCAGCAGCAACAACAAUAACAGCAAUACAGCCAAUGGCAGCGAUGCGACGGAAUCCGAAAGCGGGGGGAGCUUUUUCCAGGGCUUGGACAUCAAGACGGAGCCAGGACUACAUUCCCCAUCGUGCAAGGAGACCUCGAAAUCAUCGGGCGGCAACAGCAGUGGCGGCGGAAGUGGCGGUGGCAAUCUAUUCACCGCCGAGGGUCUGAAUCCCUCGCUGAACGAUCUGGAACAGCUGUUCGAGACGAGCUCCAACGAUGAGUGCAGCAGCGUUCAGAUACACACGCCGCCCGAUUCCAAUAAUCCCUCGAACGGCGGAUGCAGUGCGGUGACCAACACCAUCGAUGAGCUCAAGCGGAGCACGGCGGUGAACAGUGUUGUGGCAGCGGCAGCAGCAGCGGCUGUCACGGGAGGAGCUGGCAAUAUUCAAGCGGAGGAUCUCACUAAAAUGUUUCCCACGCCGCCGUCGCACGAACAGCAGCACCCGAACUCCAGUCCCUGCCAAACUGAUGUGGUAAUGACGGAUCUCAGUGUGGACAUCACCACGACCACGACCAGUAUGACCAACACCUGCAACACCACCAUUGCGAGUAGUAUCAACACCGCCACCUGCAACAAUAGCAAUAGCAACAGCAACAGCAUCAACACCACCUCCAACAGCAGUAUUAUCCUGGCUGCCGUGCAGGCUGCUCCCAUCACCGUGAUGGCCGCCAUCCAGCAGACCAGUAUCUCCAACUUGGAGCUGGGCAGUCCCGUGGAGGAGGCCAUCGAUGAUUGGAACUAUGUGUAUCGGCCGCCGCAGCAGGAGAAAUUUGUCGGCUCCACGCGCUAUGCUCCGCUAACCAACUUGCCCAGCCAGACGCAGCCGCCGUUGAACCUGCCACCGGGAUGCUUUUAUCAGCCCACCUGGAGCAGCCACAAGUCCAGAGCGGCUACGCUGGCCAAGGCAGCUGCGGCCCAGCAGCAGCAGCAUCAGAAGCAUCAGGCGUUGCAGCAGCGCAUCCAAUUGCAUCAGCAAAAACUGCAGCAGCUCCAGCACCAGCAUCUUCAGCAGCAGCAGGCAGCGGCAGCAGCAGCGGCGGCAGCUGCGGCAGCGGCAGCGGCGGCUUCUGGAGGCGGCCAUCAGAAGCAUCAGCAUCAGCAUCUGCACGAUCUGCUAUCGGCGGCGCCAAGGACACCGCUGACCCCGUCGACAACGGUGCCGCAACCCCUGAGCAGUGGCGGCAACCAGUUGCUGCUGAAUCAGUUGAAUUGCCCGCAGGCGACGCCGGGUAGCUCGAUGCAGCAGAUGAUGCGAGCGGGGAUGUCGCCGAUAUCACCGGGCCAUGGACCCUUCUCCAGGAGUCCGGCCCUCCUGCGAACGCCCACGCAUCCGCCGCCGCCGUAUCCGUAUGACGUUGGCAGUCCGGCAACCUCCACAUCCUCGUACUUGAACCGACCGCUGCACUCGCAAGAACAUCCUCAGGGCAUGCACGGCGGCAUGAUGGGAGGCGGAGGUAGCGGUGGCGGAGGAGUGGUCGGCAUGGGACCGGCAUCGGGAACUGGCAGCCACAUGGGCAUGAUGAUGCCCUACUCUGGCGAUGCGGGCAUUGCCAGUAGUGGUGGGCUGGCGGCGGUGAAUUCUCCAGGAGCGAGCCUGCUCCAGGAGCUGCCGGAAGUGAACUCGGUGCUGGUCAAUAUUCUGCUGUACGACACCGCCUUGAAUGUCUUCCGGGAUCACAACUUUGACAGCAGCAGCGUGUGCGUAUGCAAUGCGGAUACACAGAAGAUUGGCAAUAUUCGUGGAGCGGAUUCCGGUGUAUAUGUUCCGUUGCCCGGCGUCAGCUUUAAUCCGUUUCCUGGAGCACCAGCAGGUGCGGGAGCAGGAGCGGCAGGACCAGGCGGAGGAGGGACUGCAGCCGGCGGACAGCGCAUGCUCAAUGGACCCAAUUCUGGUGCUGCCGCCUUUGGUGGCCUGCGGAUGAUCAGUAGUGCCUUUGGGGGCUCACCGGCCUCUGCCGCCUCGAUGCCCGGAGCUGGCUCCGGACAUGGCGGCCACGGCCCAAACGGCGGUGGCUCCAACUCGUCAUCGUCUUGCACGCCGCCCAGCAGUAAUCCGCACAUCACCGGCUAUGUGGACGACGACCCCGUCGAGUGUACAUGCGGCUUUAGUGCGGUCGUCAAUCGACGGCUCUCUCAUCGCGCCGGCUUAUUCUACGAGGACGAAGUGGAGAUUACGGGACUGGCCGAAGAUCCGGCUAGGAACAAGCAGCCAACUCUGCUUAGCAUCAUACAGAGUCUGAGCAGGAAGAGUCAGCAGGGGAUUCAGGCGCCGGGAGAGACCAGUUCCGCUCUGGAGAAGGUAGGAGCAGCGGGAGCAGGAGCGGCACAGUUGGAGCAUCUGGCGCAUGCCAUCUUUGACCUGCUGCUAGACCAGUGCUCCAUCAUCCAGACGUCCAGCAGCUCCGUGCACCGAGCCCUGCAGGCGCAUCGUCGCAGAAUGUCGCGGCAGAGAAGGAUUUUCGGCACAAAUGGAGCACCCACCGCCUCCCUGGCCUCAAUUGCCAAUGUUCUCGAGUUCAUGGAUGCGCACGACGUGAUCAGCUUGGCGCUGGAGCAAGCCCGCCUGGCGUUUGAGAACCAGCGCAUGGAUAGCCUGGACUGGAACGGCGGAAGCAGCAGCUCGCAGAACCAACAGCAGCAGCUCACGGCGUUCCAUGCCCCGCCACUGGCGCUGCGACACAAGCUGGCGGGGAUCGGCGCAGGGCGGCUGACCGUACACAAAUGGCCAUAUCUCCCCGUAGGAUUCACGCGAAGCAACAAGGAAAUUGUGCGCACCAUGAAUGCCAUUCAGCCGAUGCUGCAGAGUGCCUUUCAUUGCAAGUCGCGAGGCGGGUCCGGCUCCAAGGACGCCAGCUCCUAUAACACGGUCAGUGGGCCGCUCACCUGGCGGCAGUUCCAUCGCCUGGCUGGACGGGCGUCCGGCCAGUGCGAGCCGCAGCCCAUACCCUCGGUGGUGGUUGGCUACGAGAAGGAUUGGAUAUCGGUGGCGCCGCACUCGAUCCACUAUUGGGACAAGUUCCUCCUCGAGCCGUACUCCUAUGCCCGCGACGUGGUCUACGUGGUGGUCUGUCCAGACAACGAGCACGUGGUGGGUUGCACGCGCAGCUACUUCCGCGAGCUGAGCAGCACCUACGAGAUGUGCAAGCUGGGACGGCACACGCCCAUUCGCGGCUGGGACGGCAUCCUGCAGGUGGGUGCCGCUUCCGCUGGCUCCGUUCGGGACCGUGAGACGACGCCCCUGGAUGAUUGGCUGUGUACCCUGGAGCAUGCCGCUCUGGCGGAGCAAAUCCGACGCUAUGCUAUUACCUUCAUCCACCAACUGGCCCCAUAUUUGAGUCGCGUGCCUAAUGACAAGACGCUGCUAAAUCCUCCCGAUGGCACUGGUAGUUCCAACUCCAAGAACGGCGUCAGCAGCAACUCCUCCACAUCGUCCUCGUCCUCCUCCUCUAUGUCGAACUUGGCCACCUCCAGUGGAGAAAUGCCCACGGAUAACAUUAAGCUGGAACCGGGAACUGAGCCGCCGCCGACCGUGCAGACGAUGGAAGCUAAUCCGCAGCAGGAGGUUAAGCAGGAGCCUGGAACAGUUGGCAAGGGCGCAGGAGCUGCAGGAGGCUCCGCAGCUGACACCAAACCCGCGCUUAUUCUCGGCGAUCCCUUGGGCGUGGGCGAGACUCUGGAGGAUAUCAAUCCACCAGCCAUAGUCCUGUAUGUGGUCAAUCCAUUCACCUUCGCUUCGGAUAGCUGCGAGCUGGAACGUUUGGCCCUGAUUGCUUUGCUCCGUUGCUACUCGGAGCUCCUGAAAGCCGUUCCCGACUCGGUGCGUUCGCAGAUGAGCAUCCAGAUUAUAUCGCUGGAAUCGGUGAUGGAACUGGGACCUUGUGGCAAUCGCAAGCGCUUUUCCGACGAGAUCAAGUGCCUCGCCCUGAACAUCUUCUCGCAGUGCCGACGGCACUUGGUGCACGCUCAGUCUGUGAAGAGUCUGACGGGCUUCGGGACGGCAGCCAAUAUGGAGGCCUUCUUGAAGACCAAGGACGAACCGAAUCGCAGGGCCUACAAGAUGUACACCGCACCCUUUGUCCUGGCGCCUAUGCAUGAAAGGAACGACAAGACGGACUUUACGCGAUCGGCGGGCAGCAUGCAUGGCCAGAACGAGCACCGCUACUCGGUGAUGUAUUGCAAUUACUGCCUGAGCGAGGACCAGGCCUGGCUGCUGGCCACCGCCACGGAUGAGCGGGGCGAAUUGCUGGAAAAGGUCUGCAUCAAUAUCGAUGUGCCGAAUCGUGCGAGGCGACGCAAGGCACCUGCACGCUAUGUGGCGCUGAAGAAGCUGAUGGACUUCAUCAUGGGACUCAUCUCGCAGACGUCGCAAAUGUGGCGUCUGGUCAUUGGACGUAUUGGGCGCAUUGGACAUAGCGAACUGAAGUCGUGGAGCUAUCUGCUGAGCAAGCAGCAGCUGCAGAAGGCCUCCAAGCAGUUCAAGGACAUGUGCAAGCAGUGCACUCUCAUGUACCCACCAACGAUACUGAGUGCGUGUCUGGUGACCCUGGAGCCGGAUGCCAAGCUGCGCGUAAUGCCCGAUCAGUUCACGCCGGAUGAACGCUUCUCGCAGAUAUCCAUGCAGAAUCCGUUGUCGACCCCACAGGAUGUGACCUGUACACACAUUCUGGUCUUUCCCACCAGCGCUGUUUGUGCGCCCUUUACCCGCCAGUUCCAGAACGAGCCGCAAGUGGAUGAUGACUUUCUUACUUUCGAGGAGGAGGGAAACGAAGACUUCAGCGAUGCCGACAUUAACGAAUUCUUAUGGGACACUCACAUAGACAGGGUUUCCAAUCAUGGCAGUCCCGGACGCAUGGACGACAAUAGAAGCUGGCAGAGUACCGGUGGAAAUAACUUCAAGUGUACCCCGCCCCAGGAAGUGGAGGAGGUUGGUUCACUCAAUCAGCAACCGAUAUCCGUAGGCUACAUGGUUUCCACAGCGCCCACCGGCCGUAUGCCCGCUUGGUUUUGGUCCGCCUGCCCCCAUCUGGAGGAUGUGUGCCCCGUUUUCCUCAAGACGGCGCUUCACCUGCAUGUGCCUAGUAUACAGACAGCCGAUGAUAUCCUCAACUCGACCAAUGCCCAUCAGUCGGCCAAUGAUCAUCCGCUGGACUCCAUUCUCACCGCGGAUGUGCUGCGCUUCGUACUCGAGGGCUACAAUGCCCUGUCAUGGCUGGCCCUCGACUCCAAUACGCACGAUCGCCUUUCUUGUCUGCCCAUCAAUGUGCAGACUCUGAUGGAUCUGUACUAUCUGACGGCAGCCAUAGCCUAAGGAUCUGGGAUCAAAA